GAUGCGCGUGCCGGUCACUGCAUCCCCACACAUUAAACUGCACAGCUAACAAGAAAAGUGACUAAAAAAAGGGGAAAAAACAUACAUUUUGGUUAUGCUGUACUGCAAAAAGAGAGCUACGCUUGCCCUUGACAACAGUUGCAUAUUGGAUAUGUUUAAUUUGGAACAGCUCCUGAACAGCUCGAUACUAUCUGAUAAAUUACCAUUUCAGAUUGUUUUAAAAGAUUAUUGAAUAUCAGCAUUGGAAGCAGGCUUGGUGACCAGAGACACAGCAGAAAUGGCAUGACCCUGCCUGUACCUGUGCCCCGGCCUUCAUACUCCCAGGCCCGGGAGAACCUGGUCAAGGCCAUCCCCCCCAAAAUCAUCUGCCUGCUGGCCUGCGGCGGGAGAGACUGUCGCUAUGAGGGCCCAGCCUGCUGGAGACCCAGCCAGCAGGCCGUACGGGGGCUCUUCUCCACAUGGGUGACUGAUGCCAUUGUUGCCAUGGCGAGACCGUCUACACAACUCAUCAAGAGGUACAGCAUAAUAGAGCAAUUUCACCAACUAGAGAUCAAGUCCAUAAUCAAUAUGCAGCUGCCUGGGGAGCAUGCUCACUGCGGGCCUCCUCUGGAGCUGGAGAGCGGCUUCACGUACUCUCCACACACCUUCAUGGAGAAUGGAAUCUUCUUCUAUAACUUCGGCAUGCCAGACUUCGGCGUGUCGUCCCCGGCCGGUAUGUUGGACGCAGUGAAGGUGCUGGCGUUUGCUGUGCAGGAGGGGAGAGUAGCGGUGCACUGUCACGCAGGGCUGGGGAGAACAGCGGUCCUGAUUGCCUGCUAUUUGAUCUACACCCUGCGGGUCAGCCCAAGCGAAGCCAUUCAUUACGUACGCAUCAAACGGCCGCGGUCCAUACAGACCCGGGUCCAGAUCGACCUGGUGUUCGUGUUCGCCCGCCUCCUGGCCCCCCAGCUCGUUCAGUACCCCGCCGGCGCCCCCUUCAGCCUGCAGCAGUACCUGCACCGCCAGCGCCUCCUGCUCCACGGGGAGGAGGCCCGCGUGCUGAGGAGCGUGCCCAAAAUCGUCCACUUCCUGUGCGGGAGGCUGACGGCGAUGGCCUGGGGCCGGGUCCCGUGUCCCGCCGCCCGGGCGGAGCUGGAGCGCGGGGGGGCCGUCCUCCGAAUGACCGCCACGCUGCGGGACACCCUGAGGGCGAGGAAGUUCCUGCCCGUCCUGCGAGAUCCUGCGCGCCCCCGAAAAGCCUCCCUCAGCUCCGUCUCCUCCUGGGACGACCCGCACGGCUUCCUGGAGCGCAAGAGAGAGGUGCUGCUGAACAAGAGGAGCUACAGCGACGCUGACCUCUGCAAGAUCGCACUUUCCCAGGAUCUGGAUUUUGUGCUUACUCCAUCAAAAGAGAUUCCUAAAUAUACUAUGCUGGAAAGCAGAAGUAAUGAUCAGAAACUUGCAGGCACUGGUCUGAACACCCACAGAAAGGACCAGUGCAAUGGUAAAGUGAAGACCAGAGGGGUUCCCUCUACUGCAUCUCGUGGGAUGGUCACUAAGAAUUCCGCAAAGAGGACCAGAUGCAUGACCAAGAAGAAUCCAGCAUUACCUAAAUUCAGCUCUAAUGUAGAGUUAAGCAGAUCCCAGAGUUCAUCCGUACCAGCCUUAGAAUCGCAGGCUGUUGCCAAGGCGAUGGCGGAACAGGAUCCCCCAGGGGAAGAUGUCUUACUGAGGGUUGCUCUUCUGCAGGAUGAGCUGAAUGCCAGUGAGUGUUCCUGGGCCAUACUGGCUACAGAGCUGGACCCCGCAGUCCUCAGCUGUUUGCUAUGGGCCUGGCUGGAGAAACUGAAGGAACCUGUUCUUAAAGGAGAGGAUGUAGAGAGAAUAACCUCUGACACCCAAGGGCUCAGCAGUUUUGGGCUUCUGGAAAAGGCACAGGAACGGACCAUUUCCUGUAUACUGCGCUGCGUGGGUCAGGUGACCAGCCUGUGUCCGCAGCUGGAAGGGUCAGUGCUCUGGCGGCUGGUCCGUGCUCUGACCAGGUGUUCGCAAGACGACAUGGAGCAAUACGCCGCGCUUGUGCAAGUCUUCAAAGCCAUAGCAAAAGGGUAUCGUUGCCAUGGUUCAUGCCCCAGAUCAGCAGGCAAAGAUGCACAGCCGGUAAAGAAGAACCGAUAGAGAGCAGCUAUCAACAGUGGAAUGGAUCUGAAGUGGCGGCACGUCGAUUUGAGCACCAGACUCACUUAAUGGGCGUCAGCACCACUUUACCUCUCUCUGAUAAUUCCAUGGAUUUUGAGCCAUGUGCUUAUCAAUAUUUCUGUGAAACAACUGUAUCACGUUAGUUUUAGACUUUAGCUUUCCCGUUUGGAAUUAGUUUGUAGUUUUAUACUGCUCGAUACUUCUCAUUGGAUAUUGUGCUUGUCUUUCAAUUAUGAUUGGACAACCUGCUGUAAGCGCUGAUUGGUUUUACGUUCAAAGCAGAGAGAAUGCUGAAUGCUGUAGAACAAAGCUCACCACACCAACACCAUAUGAAUGAGUAAAUGUAAAAUGGCAAAUAACCUGUAAUAGCUUGAGCUGAACUUUGAGGCUUGUCUGGUCCUGGAAAUACAGCCAUCUAACAUGUCUUUGCUUUCACCAUAACUCUGGAAGCAUCAUGGUAAGAGCAUCUGAGUAAAUCCCUGCGUUCGUAAAUCAUUGUACAGAGCUAUACAGCAGUCCUGGAUUCCUUCGGUCAAAUGGGCUUCUCUGUUUAAAAUAAAGUGUCAUGCAAAGCUUUA